AUGAGAGAUUUCAGAUACUGGGAGGAUGCAAGCGAUGAAUACCGUUGCAUGGAGGGCUCGCUGUUACCUCUGUGGAAGUUCCACCAUGACAAGUCAAGAGCACUUUUGGUCUCCGCCGUGUGUUGGAGCCCUGUGUAUCACGAUCUGUUUGCUGCUGCUUAUGCUACAGUUGAUUCGAAAAAUGGAGAUGGGGAAGGGAUGCUGUGUUUCUACACACUAAAGAAUCCUAGUACACCUGAGCGCGUUUUGCUCACCCAAAGCGGUGUCACUUCACUGCACCUCCACCCUCAGGUUAGUCAUCAGUAA